AUGCGUCGGAAGUCUCGGGGGAGAAGCGCUAGAUGCAGCGGUCUGCUGGGAGGCAGACGAUACCUCGACAGACGACGGGGCAGAGAGACCUGCGUGUGUCAUGUCAUGAGGAUCCUCUGGAUGGGUGGGCAAAUCGCGACUCAGUGGUCGCGAAGCCGGCUGCGUGUGAGGCCUCAGACGUACACUGCACUGUGGCUAGCCGGGUGGGGCUGGCCGGGCGGGGCUGGUGGGGGACUGAGAUCGACGCUGACGAGAAAUGUCGGCGUAGUACCGAUCGAGGGCGGUGUGGUAUGGACACCGUGAGGAGGUGUGUCCAUCCUGGCGGCAACGAAGGCAGCCGCGUGGGGCCUCGAGGACGGCACGCUCCUCGGGGGAUAGAGCUCCGCGAGGAGGGACAAAACCCUGCGGGAGGUCUAUCUGAGGAACUGUGGGUGUACGGGCACCAGCUUGUGCAACCCGACUGCGUGAUCGAUCUUCGUAGAGGUUACCACCAGAUCGGCGUUGUCGCAGAGGAUCAACCGAAGACUGUCUUCCGGUCGCCCUUCGGCCACUACGAGUUCACGGUGAUGCCAUUCGGCCUCACCAAUGCACCCGCCACCUUCCAGACGGCGAUGAACGAGAUCUUCAGGGACAUCCUUGAAGAAUACGUUCUCGUAUACCUGGACGACAUCCUGGUCUACACUCGUAUUUUAGAAGACCAUAUCAGACACCUCCGCGAUGUCCUACAGCGCUUACGCAAGCAUGACUUUUAUGCAAAGCUCAGUAAGUGCCGCUUUGCCCAGCGCAAAGUGGACUUCUUAGGACACCAUGUGUCUGACCAGGGUCUCCACAUGGACGACGCGAAGAUCACUGCUAUUGCAGAGUGGCCCGUCCCCACAUCUGCCAAGCAGCUUUGCAGUUUCCUAGGCCUCACCAACUACUAUAGUAAUUUUAUCCAGGGAUACGCUAGGUAUUCCUACGUCCUUACCUCUACCCUCCUCCGGAAGAACCCGCCGUGGUUUUGGACACCCCUGUGCGAGGACGCCUUUCGCGCCCUCAAGAAGGCGGUAACAUGUGACCGGUUCUUCGCCUUCCCGAUUUUGAUCGUCCGUUUAUCGUCACCACCGAUGCGUCAGAUUUUGCAGUAGGAGUUGUCCUUUCUCUAGUGUUUCCCUCUCCUCCAGAUUCACCUUACCCCCAUGUUCCCCAUUUCCCCCCCCCUCCUGCUGACACUCUCGACUGACGCCUACUCUCCCACCACUUCCCUCCACUGACAGUCCGCCUAUUACUUACUCCCCGACCAUCGCGGAGGAUGGGACUGUCGAGGCUCAUGCUGGGGAUUGCCCAAUCGCUUUCUACUCCCGUCAACUACUGCUUGCCGAGAUAAACUACACUGCCGAUG